AUGACGCGUGCGGAGAUGCUGUGCCGGCUGAAGGAGGUGGCCGCCGAGUCGGUCACACCUCUGCGCCUCGCCGGCGGCGCGUUCCACGUCUGGUCGCAGUUGCCGGUGACCGACCGCUGCUCCCUGGAGGCUGUGCGGGGCGCACUAUACUCCGCGUUUGCCCUUGGUCAGUACGCCGCCUACGAGAUGUUCGCCACUCGACGACUGAUGCCGGGUGAGGCGGCUGACGUGUUUCUGGCCGACCUCCGGCGGCUGGCGGUCCUGUUCGGUAGACUGCCGGAGCGCGCGCUGGCUUGCGCGUUCGUCACAGGGCUGCCGGACGCCGGACGCCAGACCAUCCGCGCCGGCUCCAGGGCUGAAGGAUUGGACCUGACCACCGUCCUGGUGCGAGUGACUACCAUCAAUGGAGGUAAGCUGAGGUGCUGCGGGGUCGGCAGUGUGGUUGUGGAGGAGGUGCCGACGGGCCGUGGCGCCUCGCUCGAGACGGUGGUAGUGGAGAAGCGGCCGCUGGGGGUGGACAUAGUCCUCGGGGUGGCAGGCAUCUCGGCGCUGGGGGGUGUACCGUACUGUCCCCGUCUGAGUAUCCUGGGCCGCCAGCCGCCAGCCGCUCGUCGCGAGUAUGACGCCGAGUUGGACGCGUGGGUCGUACAGGGUUGUCUGGUGCCGUAUGAUGAGGGUCGCCGUGGGACGGCGAGGGUGCUGGUACCGUUGAUGGCCGUACAGCAGUGCAUCAAAUCCAAGGUGCGCCCGGUGAUGGGCUACCGCAAACUGAACAGUUUUGUGCCGACCCACAGAGCCGACACUGACGUGUGUGCUGAUCAGCUCUGGAGAUGGCGCCGCCACGGUGCUAACGUGGCGGUGGUAGAUCUCAAGCGUGCGUACCUGCAGGUGCAUGUAGAGGAGCGACUCUGGCCGUUCCAGACUGUGAUGAUUCGGGGCCAGCGGUUUCGUUUGACGCGCUUGGCUUUCAGUCUGAACAUCGCCCCUAUGGUGAUUAAGGCCGUUGUGCGGUCCGUGCUGGAGCAGGACGCGGUCGUACAGCGUGCUGUCCUUCCAUACGUAGAUGACCUCCUCGUAAAUGAAGAUGUGCUCAGUGCAGAGCGUGUGGUGGUCCACUUCGCGGAGUUUGGGCUGGACUGUAAGCAUCCGGAGCGAGCGGCCAGCGGGGCCUGGCUACUGGGCCUGCGCGUCCAGGCAGAGGGCAGAGAACUGCGAUGGGUGCGGGACAACCCGGUGGGCGCGUCGCCGGCUCGCGUGACGCGCCGCGCCGUGUUUGCGCGGUGUGGGCGACUGGUCGCACACCUGCCCGUGUGUGCAUGGCUUAGGCCUGCAGCGGCCUGGCUCAAACGGCGUGUGAACCAACUGAUGCGGACGUGGGAUGACGUCACCGAUAAUGCAGCGCUGCGUGCUCAGAUAAACUACGUCGCAAGACGCCUGAACACUGACGACCCGGCCCGUGGCGCGGGGUGUGUGGAGGGUGAAGACAUGGUCAUCUGGACGGACGCGAGUUCUCUGGCCACGGGGGUCGUGGCAGAGUCGCCGGACGGUGACGUCAUCGAGGACGCGUGCUGGCUGAGACGGGAUGAAGCCACGCACAUCAACAUGGCUGAGCUGGACGCGGCCAUCCGAGGCGUCGACCUGGCCGUCGCCUGGGGAGCACGGACAAUCGGCCUCCGCACCGACUCGGCUACCGUUCAUCGCUGGCUUGAUGACGCCAUCAGUGGUCGCGCGCGUCUCCAAACCAAGGCGCACGGCGAGCUGCUGAUCCGGCGGCGCGCCGAAAUCGUCUGUCAGCCGAGCUUCCUCCCCAUCAUCGACGGCGGACCAUCCCGCUUCUGCGUGUGGCGUCCCCUGCGCCGCGCCAGUGCCGCCGAAAUCGUCGGUCACCUAGAACAGCGGUUCCUCGAGCGUAGGGCUCCGGAGGAGGUUUUGGCUGAUAAUGACACUGUGUUUCGUGGCUGCCAGGAGGCCGCUCUCGCCUCACUGCGGAGAUGCCGGCGGGCGCCGCUGAGGCUGGAGUACCACGCCCACCCGUAUCUGACGGUGCGCAUCUCAGAGUUGGGACCGAGUGGGGAUGCGUCGCCGAGGCACGCGCUGCACGGAAACGUCGCGUCGCGGGACAGUGACGGGUGUGGCGUCGCGGGACAGUGA